AUGGCUGAGUCGCAGACAUCCAACGUAUCUCAACCGAAGCCGCGUACAAAUUCCAUCUCACAGGCGUCGGAAGACUCGCAGACAGCAGCAGACUUUAUCAAGGAACAGCUCAGCCUUGAAGCCGAAGCCCGCGAGGCUCUUCCAUAUCAAUUCGAUACUUGCACGCGCGAUCUCGGACCUUUACGCCAAGGACUCUAUUCUUGCCUCGACUGCAACCCUCCAACGACGAAUUCGUCAGACCCGUACCAGCCGGCCGCUGUCUGUUACGCCUGCUCCAUUUCAUGCCACGGCGAACACACGCUUGUCGAGCUCUUCAACAAGCGCAACUUUGUUUGCGACUGUGGAACUACGCGCCUGCCUGAAACGACACCAUGCACCCUGCGCAUAAAUUCCGAGACUGGACAGAAGGGCGGCGUCGCCCGAGAAGAGCCGGCUCGAGGCAACAAGUACAAUCAGAACUUCCGCAACAAGUUCUGUGGGUGUAGCGAGGAGUACGACCCGCAUCAAGAAAAGGGAACCAUGUUCCAGUGUUUAGGACUGGGUACGGUGGAGGAUGGUGGCUGUGGCGAGGACUGGUGGCAUCCCGAAUGCGUUCUUGGACUCUCUAGGGAAGAGUUCAAGAAGAGCAUCGAGAAACCGAAGAUGGAGCAGAAAGAGGGAGAUGUAAAAGCGAACGGGAUCACAAAAGACGUGAGCGUAACGAGGCAUGAGGAAGAAGCCGGAAGAGACCCAGAUGCACGGAGACCUUCCGUCAUGACGGCUAUCGCUGCAGGCUUACCAACUGGUAACGGUGUCGAUGGAAACGACGUUGCUGCACAAAUCGAAGAUGAAGAGGAAGAUGAAGAUACACCAUUACCUCCGAGCUUCCCUGCCGAGAACGACUUUGAGUAUUUCCUCUGCUACAAAUGCGUCGAAGCCUUUCCGUGGAUCAAGAAGUAUGCCAGCUCUCCUGGUUUCGUUCCACCUGUCUACUUCGAUGCUGCUCUGAACCAAACAAAAGCUCCGGAGGCAUCCAGUCACACGACAGGCGCCACCAACGGCGAUCCUAAGAAACGCAAAGCAGACGAUGGCGAAGAUAUCGCGCCCGCAGGAUCCAUGGCUCCACCUAAGAGGCAGAAGUCAAUGGACCCCGCAACAGCACUGUCGACCGUUCUUGAAGAUGCUCCAAGUACGAUUCUCCCGCUCACUCCAAAGAAGGCUGACUCCACCUCUACUUCCGCGCCGCAAUGUAAACUCACCUCCCUUCCCCUCUUCCCGCCCUCGCCCUCAAAACCCUUCUCCCUCUUCAUGAAGCCCGAUUUUCACUCUCACAUCUGCCACUGUGCAACCUGCUUUCCCCUUCUAAAGCCCCACCCACAACUCCUCGAAGAGGAAGACGUCUACGAGCCCCCAAUCUCAGAAGACGGCAACGACGCCACGGCCUCGGUCGGCACAGGCUCCCUUCUCGAGCGCGGCGAGGCGGCGUUCAGCAAUAUGGACCGCGCGAGGGCGAUUCAGGGCGCCAUGGCGUUUGCGCACUUGAAAGAUGGGCUGAAGGCGUUCUUGAAACCGUAUGCAGAUGAGGGAAAGGCGGUGGGUGCUGAGGAUAUCAACGUGUUCUUUCAGAAGCUGAGGGGCGAUGAUGCGGCGAUUAAGGAGGCGGGUGCUGGUGCGAAGAGGAAUCAGGAGCCCGAUGGGGAUGAGGCAGAUUCGGACAACAGGAGGGAGCAGAGCGGAUACUAG